AUGAUUGAGUCCGUCCUGCUCGUGAGUCGCCAGGGCAAGACGCGCCUCGCCAAGUGGUACCUGAACGCCUCGCUGAAGGAGAAGACGCGCAUGAUCCGCGACAUUACGUCGCUCGUCCUCUCGCGUCCGCACAAACAGUGCAACUUUAUCGAGUUCAAGGAGAAGAAAAUCAUCUACAAGAGAUACGCGAGUCUCUACUUUAUCGCGUGCAUCUCCAAGGACGAGAACGAGCUGAUCACGCUGGAGGCUAUUCACCUGUUCGUGGAAGUGCUCGACCGCUACUUUGGCAAUGUGUGCGAGCUGGACAUCAUCUUUAACUUCCACAAGGCGUACUACAUUCUGGACGAGCUCUUUAUCGGAGGCUACCAGCAAGAGUCGAGCAAGAAAGAAAUCUUGCGCAUCUGCACGCAGCAAGAGGACUAUAUGGACGAGUCGAAAGAGGAAGGCUUCGUGCGUCCUCGCACGGGCACGCGUUAG